AUGCUGAGCCGCCUACAGAAGAAUGGCCAGUUAGUCACUGAUAGGCCAAAUCAGACACAUGACGCAGUUGUUCUGUUACAAAGGAAGGUGACUGAUUUGUCGCAGAUCCUUUCACAGGUCAUGGGGCAGCUGGAAGUCCAAAGCGACGAGAUCUCCCGCUUGAAAGAACGAUGCUCAGUAAUGGAAGGUUGCAACAAAGAUCUCCAGGCACGUGCAGAUGUGUCGGAAAGAACUGCAGAGAAAUUGCAAAAGGCUGUCUUGAGGGUAACAAAGGGCCUAACUGAGGUGGCCAACUCUACGUUUAUUCCCUCUUCUGGCGCACCUGACCCAACAACGAAUGGAGACCGCAGGCCACUGCUUCAGUCUAAUCCAUCAACAACGUUAGGUGCCGGCACCAAACGCGCUGCCUCCGGCAGAUCAUCUACUCAAAAAUCACGAAGGUCUGUUUCAAUAGAUGAAGUUCCUAGCGUAGAAAACGAAAGAAUGGGUCUAAACCAUGGACCAGAUGCUCCUGUACCCAGCAACCUACGGAGCCAGACCCUCAAGCUAUCUCAUCUAAACACAACCGCAGCACCACCUGCACAGGGAACCAAUCAAAGCACCGCAAAAGGGCCGCCAUCUUAUGCCAGCGUCGUUCAGAAUAUCAAUACGCGCCAUGUAACAGCUGACGGCAGAGUCCUUGAGCGGAUAAAGCUAAUUUAG